AUGCCGACGCGUCCGACGUUCGACGUGCGCGUGGAGCCGACGCCGCGGGCGGAGGCGAACGGGAAAGACGUCGACCGGCUCGGGAACGCGUUAUCGGUGCCGACGGCGUCGGCGGCGGUGAACGCGCUGCGGGUGCGAGCGUCGGCGAGCGGAGGAUGGGUGCGCGUGGAGGCGCGAACGGGGGAUGAUUUCGGAGACUGGGACGCCAAGGAGUGGGUCGAGCGCGCGGUUGGGAUGCGAAACGUCUUGCGGUGCUCGAGCGGGACGGAGACGCGGGCGUUCGCGGUGGAGAUUGAACCGGAGAGGGAGGCGGGUGAGAACGCGGAGCGGUGCGCGGAAAAAGUCGCCGACGCGGCGAGAGCGUUCGCGGCGUCAUCCUUCGUCAUGGAAGAUCAUAACGACGGAGACGACGUGGACAUGGGGUUCUGA